CAACUAUGAUGUUUCUAAUGGCCAUACCCAAACUCCUCUUAUUACUCUUACCUUUCAUUGAAUUAGUCUUUGGAGGGCAAGCGGAAUACGCCCUACAAUCGACCAUGCUUCGUGCAUGUCACAAGAUUCAAAAUCAAAGUGAUUGCCUCGAUAAUUUAAGAUCGAAGUUAGAGAGCACUAAGAAUCCUAAAGACCCCAAGUCGGUUCUUGCUGUCGCCAUGGAGAUGACACAUUUGGAGGCCAUGCGGGCCAACAACGGAUUCUCGAUGUUCGAAACGCUUUCGUCUGUUGACUCUCGCGAGUCUUUAGCCGUGGAGGAUUGCAAGGAGCUCCUCGACUUUUCGGUGUCGGAGCUGGCGUGGUCUUUGGAUACGAUGAGGAAAAUCCACGCCGGUUCUAAGAACCAUCACCAUCGAGGGAACCUUAAAGCGUGGUUGAGUGCAGCCCUAAGUAACCAAGAUACGUGUCUUGAGGGUUUUGAGGGGACUGAUAGGCGUGUAGAGAGGGUCAUAAGGGGAAGCCUUGCUCAAGUAACGCAACUUAUUGGUAAUGUGUUGGUGUUGUAUAGUCAAAUGCAUAGUUUACCGUUUAAACAAACAAGAAAUGACACGAGAGAUGAAGAAGGGAAGAGGUAUCCCAAGUGGAUGUCCGAGGGAGAUAAGGAGUUGUUUUCGAUGUCGAGUACGAGAGGAUUGUACGCCGACUCGGUGGUGGCACAAGACGGAAGUGGCCAUUAUCAAUCGAUCACGGAAGCUGUUAAUAACGCUCCUAGCUAUAGUAAUAGGAGGUAUAUUAUUUACAUAAAAAAAGGAGUUUAUAAGGAGAAUAUUGACUUGAAGAAGAAGAAAACAAAUAUCAUGUUCAUGGGAGAUGGAAUCGGCGCUACUGUCGUCACGGGCGAUCGAAAUUUCUUACAAGGAUGGACCACUUUUCGAACCGCCACAGUGGCUGUUUCCGGAAAGGGAUUUAUAGCUAGAGACAUGACAUUUCGAAACACAGCCGGACCAGAGAAUCGCCAAGCAGUGGCUCUUCGAGUGGAUUCCGACCAAUCAGCCUUCUACAAGUGUAGCAUGGAAGGCCACCAAGACACUCUCUACCUUCACUCGCUGCGUCAAUUCUAUCGCGAAUGCGAUAUCUACGGCACCAUCGAUUUCAUCUUUGGUAACGGUGCAGCCGUCUUCCAAAACUGUCGGAUCUUCACUCGAGUCCCACUUCCCUUACAAAAGGUCACCAUAACCGCCCAGGGGCGAAAGGACCCCCACCAAAGCACCGGCUUCACGAUUCAAGAUAGCUUCAUAUACGCCACCCAACCUACUUAUCUAGGCCGACCAUGGAAACAAUACUCGAGAACCGUGUUUUUAAACACUUACAUGACCGGUCUAGUUCAACCUAGGGGUUGGCUAGAAUGGUACGGGGACUUUGCCUUGGGUACCCUUUGGUAUGGAGAAUAUAAGAGUUACGGUCCUGGCGGUUCGCUCAUUGGUCGAGUCAAUUGGCCCGGUUAUCAUAUCAUUCAGGACUCAAACGUCGCUAAAUUCUUCACCGCCGGGAAUUUUAUCGACGGUUUCGCUUGGUUGCCCCACACAGGAAUUAAAUUCAAAUUCGGUUUAAAUUAAUAUGUAAAAAUGUGGCAUGUUCCUAAAUGAGCUCUUUAUCAUUUGUUUCAUUUAACCGAAAUAACUAACUUUCUAUACAUUAUAUAUAUAAAAGAGAGGAUUGCUCCCC